AGUCAAGAUAAAGUCUCCUUUGUUUUUACUCGUUUCAAUUUCUCAUUUCUUCCUCUUUCCGUCUUUCCCUUGCAGAGAAAAGCUCAAAAUCUUCUUUCGUCUUUCCUCCGAUACGUCCUGUUGGUGACUUCAAAUGGCGGGCAGUCGAUGGCUUAGGCCUGAGGUCUAUCCUCUUUUUGCGGCCGUCGGAGUUGCCGUCGGGAUCUGCGGGUUCCAGCUGGUCCGCAACAUCUGCAUCAACCCUGAAGUCAGGGUUAGCAAGCAGACCAGGGCUGCCGGAGUUUUGGACAACUUUGAGGAGGGAGAAAAAUACUCUCAACAUUUUCUACGGAAAUAUGUUCGCAACAGGGCCCCUGAAAUAAUGCCAUCCCUCAACAGCUUCUUCACAGACCCCAAAUGAAAAGUGAUGACAGGCGCUUGAUGUUCUAAACUAUAAAGAAAAUUUGAGAUACAGUUCAUUGUGGCUGUUUUUGUGACAGAAGUUCGUGUAACAUCUUGGGUUGAACGAGUGUUUUUGAACUGAAAAUAAACUCUGGAUGGAUUUAUGAUAAGCUCAAGCUUUGUCGAACCUUGAAUUAAUUGAGACAGCAUCAUUGAAUCCUUUUUUCUUUUUAUAUGUUUCGAUGUUGUAUGAAAGCUGCAACAUUUGUUAAUAUUGAAGUGCAAUGUUUAAUUAAGUUUGAACAGUUGAAGCUGUUUAUAAGA